GGAAAGGGGGGUGUAGAUGUAAUUUGACGAUGAUAACGAAGGAAAGAGGUGGAAGCGAGUGAGUUUGGAGUCAGAGAGGCGACUGAGACUGACCGACAGCGUGUUGCAUUUCGGGAAUCACACCAGCAAAUUAACAUCUGCUGAAACCCAAGCACAAGGACGGAGGUUGGGCGGCGGCGGUGGCGGCGAGGAGGAGGAGGAGGAGGAGGGGGAGGUCCGGGCGAAGAAUGAGAUACUGCACGAUACGAUCAGCCAUAUAUUCAUCCACGUCUACUGCUGUUGCUACAUUCGCACAAUAUGGGUAAUUGCGGUACUCGCGAAGAAGCUGCUGUCGUUUCAGAUGCUCAUCAUCAAGUUAAGCAGCUACAGGUGAUAUCUGGUAAACAUCAGGGUUUGGAUAAGAAGCAUAGUCGGUCAAUUUCGGAUCUGAGCGAUCCUUCCACACCUCGUAACAAUCUGAACGUUAUUGAGGAUUUAAGAAAUAACUCGCUCUUAUAUACUCAUGUCAUUGCCUUCACGCUGUUUGAGCUUGAAACCAUCACCAAGAGCUUUAGGUCCGAUUACAUUCUUGGCGAAGGAGGUUUUGGGACUGUUUACAAGGGCUAUAUUGACGAGAAUGUUAGGGUUGGUCUCAAAUCUCUUCCUGUUGCUGUUAAGGUUCUCAACAAGGAAGGUCUUCAAGGCCACAGAGAAUGGCUUACUGAAGUUAAUUUCCUUGGUCAGCUCAGACAUCCCAAUUUGGUGAAAUUGAUUGGGUAUUGCUGUGAAGAUGACCACAGAUUGCUUGUUUAUGAGUUCAUGUUUCGAGGAAGCCUUGAGAAUCACCUCUUUCGAAAAACAAGUGCGCCAUUAUCAUGGCCAACAAGAAUGAUGAUUGCUCUUGGGGCAGCAAAAGGUUUAGCCUUCCUUCACAAUGCUGAACGACCUGUAAUCUAUCGAGACUUCAAGACUUCCAACAUUUUAUUAGAUUCAGAUUACACAGCUAAACUAUCCGAUUUUGGGCUUGCAAAAGCGGGUCCACAAGGAGACGAAACCCAUGUAUCAACCAGAGUCAUGGGUACCUAUGGCUACGCUGCUCCUGAAUAUGUCAUGACUGGACAUCUGACAGCUAGGAGUGAUGUGUACAGCUUUGGAGUUGUGCUUCUAGAACUUUUAACAGGAAAAAAGUCGGUUGACAAAACAAGACCAAGUAAAGAACAAAGCUUGGUUGACUGGGCAAGACCAAAGCUAAACGACAAAAGAAAACUCCUUCAAAUCAUUGACCCAAGGCUGGAAAGUCAAUAUUCAGUCAGAGGAGCACAAAAAGCAUGCAGUUUAGCCUACUACUGUUUAAGCCAAAACCCAAAAGCAAGACCAUUAAUGAGCGAUGUGGUGGAAACCUUAGAGCCUUUACAAACCAGUAGUAGUAGCAGCUGUUCAAAUGAAGUAGUCUCUUCUUCCAUAUCUCCUAUAAUUGGGCGUCAUCAUCUUGUUACUGGAAACUACCAGAUGCAUCAUAAGUUUGUUCAAACUGUUGGAGCGGGUGCUGGGUGUCGAUCCGCUAACCCGAAUUGUUCCCCGGGUCAACCCCCUGCUUGUCGGGUCAGAUGAAUAUGAAAGACGUAUUAUUUAUAUUAUUAUAAAUAUGUGUUGUGUUGUGUUGUGUUGUUACUGGAAGAGUAGUUUGUAAAUUUUAUUUGCUGUGGUGUUUGUUUGUUUUCAAGUCGUUGGUACUUGAGACGAUGAUGGUUGUACAUGGUGUCAUGGUGAUGGUAUGAUGUAGGUUUUGUUUUUGAGAUUUUUGUUAUGUUUGUGUGUGUGUGUGUGUGAAAAUGAUUGUGUGAAAAAUGGUGAAAUCGUGUACUUGCGGUUUUAUUUAUUUUUUAAAAAUUUUCUUGUUAA